GUUCUUCCAUUGUCCUCCACUGCAAUACGUUAUAAGACUAGACGCCAGACUGUGUUGAGACGAACUGCAAAAAUGAGAGGAUACUUGUCUUUGGCCUUCGUAGUAUGUGCCCUGCUGCCAAUGUCAUAUGGAUUUUGCUCUGUUAGGGAGCCAAUGCCAGGUGAAACACAAUGCUACGAUGAGGUUGAUAACAAAUGGCACCCAGUUGGAUCAAAUUGGAGAAACAGUGAGUGCAUGGAUUGUACUUGCGACGGUUGCUGUACUGCGUAUAGCAUUCCAAGACAAUUUCCUGACGACUGCGUGUCUGUGUUUGACAAAGUGGCAUGUGAAUACAAAGUGCACAAGAGAGAUGAUCCUUCUGUUGAGUGUCCAAUUUUUGGUUCAGUAGGAAAGUGAUGCAGCAGUCACAUUUCUCACUGACCCCUUUAAAAAAAUGCAUAAUUGUAUUUUUUAAAAUGCAGGGAGGAACUCAACCAAACUUACGAAAGGGGGAAAUGAAUUGUCAAAUGAAUAAAGCCUGCAACAGUU